UAGAGGUGCAUGUUUGAGGCUACAAUGUAGCUAUUAUCUGCAUACCAUUUGAUUAUUUACGUUAUGUAUCUAUAAUCUGUUUGAUCAGAUGUGUAUGCUGAAUCAGAGGUUUUUGUUUAUGGAUAUUUUGAAACUCAUUUGUUCAUAACCAUGUUGCCAGUGUUUAUGGUAUUUGCUCUGGCCGCAGCCUCUCUGUGCCACAGUGGAAACUGUUCAAAUAUAUGUAAAGAACCCUUGCCUGAGGGACAGAGGAUUUUUGAAACUCAAUGUUCGGCAGGCUAUUACAGGAAACAGUACUGCCCAAAUUCGAAUAAAAUUCUCUGUGAGCUAUGUGGAGAGGAUACUUACACAAAAGUUGACAACACAGCACUUGAGUGCAGUUUUUGCCGGGUCUGUGGUCCCGAUGAGGUUGCUACGCGUGAAUGUACAAAUAAGACAAACCGGGAAUGCGACUGCAAAGACGGCCUUUACCGGAGUUUCGCUGAGCAUUCUGGUGGGAUCUGUAAAAACUGUACAGUGUGCCAAAACUGUAGCAAGUGCCCUGAAUGUAAAGGUAAUUGUGGAGUGCAGAAUUGUAAGCAUGGCCAAUUCCUGGAUCAACAAGGGAAAUGCCAAUUAUGUGCCAAUCACAACUGCUUGGAUAAGUCCUGUAACUCAUUUUGUAACCCAGUUCCUCCCACAACAUCGGAUUUGGUAUCUAAGGUCAUCCUGUGCAUACUGAUACUGCUUGGACUUUUUGCUUUUUGUUGCUUAAUGUGUGAAGCCAGUAGACGUAGGCACCUGUGUUGCCGGGCUCGUAUAAAGAAUGUGAACGUUCAAAAUGGAGUUCCACCAAAAGUGCCGACUUUACCUGAUCAGCCUGGGGACGAGCCGGACAUUCAUUUGCCAAUGAACAUAAUCCCUGGAAGUGAAGUGAAAGGUCCAGGCAACAGAGACAAACUAGGACAUCUGGACACAGACUUGGCUGGACAAAUCACAGCUCCCCUUAUAAUACAUGGGAAUAUAAAAGAACCAGCCAGAAAUGAGCCAGAAAAGGAGAUGUGGCCAGCCUCUAUGCUUUACACCAUCAUCAGACAGGUUCCUGUGCGGCGCUGGAAGGAGUUCUUAAGGUUGCUUUCCCUAUCUGAUGAUCAAAUGGAGAGACUGGAGCUGGAGGCAAGAGGGUCCUAUCUUGAGCUGCAAUAUCAGAUGCUGCGUCUUUGGAGCCAGAUGAAUGGCGCUUGCCUGGAGAUCAUCUACUCUACACUACAUUGUAUGGACCUGUCAGGGUGUGCAGAGGAUCUGCAGGAAAAGCUGCAGCAGUUGCAGGAGACUAUGGUCUAGAUAAGUCCGUGAAAAAUUUACCUCUUAGCAGGGUUCUCAAAUGCUCUAAAUCUGAAUGUCUGACACAGCUGGAGCAGUUCAUUGCACUUAUAAAACUUACAAGACCCACUGAUCAAACACAGGUUUUUUACAGUGAUUCAUAGGAAUGCAAUGAAUACGAAGCAGAGUCAUGCUGCUGAUUCUUUUGAAAUAAUGUUUUUAUUUUGUUUUGUAAUAUAAUGUGCACAUAAAGUAUUUAAAGAGACAACAGAUAAACAUUAAUAUUAAUAUGCAUUGAACUAUACAUACAUUAUACUUGCCGCAAGUAUUGGGGCAGCGCUCAUAAGAACAAAUUUAACCUCGUCUGUGUGAAGGUUACCAUAAAGGUUCACCUAAGUACAGAAUUAAAAUGUCAGUGGUUUAUGUUGUUUAAAGUUAUUGUUUACCAAAUGCCAGGUGGUGUCCUUUAAUUUUUGUACUGUACAUUUUUUUAAAGGAAAACAGAUAAACCACUUCAAUCAGAACUGUAGGUUUUAAAAACCAUUGAGAUUUAAGUAUUAUUAUACAUCCACUGCCACAAAUGGUGGGCUGAGGGUGAUGUACAGUAUGUGACAUUUCUGAAAGUCACACUGGCACGUUACGUGCAUUUUUUUUAACCGAUAAUUUUUAAACGUUCCUUUUGGUAUUUUUUUUUGUGUGUAAGCUCUUACU